GUGCGGCGGCCAUCAGCUGCGGGUGCACCGCUGGGAUGGCAGCAAACAAGAGCCCGACCUUGGUGGCUGGAGACGCCCCGGAGCAGGAGAAUGUGCUGCACCGGGUCCUGCAGCUGCCGGUGGUGAGCGGCACCUGUGAGUGUGUUCAGAAGACCUACACCAGCACGAAGGAAGCACACCCGCUGGUGGCCUCCGUGUGCAGCGCCUACGAGAAGGGCGUGCAGGGCGCCAGCAGCCUGGCCGCCUGGGGCAUGGAGCCGGUGGUCCGCAGGCUCUCCACCCAGUUCACAGCUGCCAAUGAGCUGGCCUGCCGAGGCCUGGACCACCUGGAGGAGAAGAUCCCUGCCCUCCAGUACCCGCCUGAGAAGAUCGCCUCUGAGCUGAAGGGCACCAUCUCCACACGCCUGCGCACUGCCCGGAAGAGCAUCAGCGUGCCCAUCGCCAGCACCUCCGACAAAGUCCUGGGCGCCACCCUGGCCAGCUGCGAGCUCGCCUGGGGGGUGGCCAGAGACACUGUGGAGUACGCGGCGGGGACGCGGGCCGGCCGGCUGGCCUCCGGGGGGGCCGAGCUCGCCCUGGACGGCAUCGAGAAGGUGAUGGGGUUCCUCCUCCCUCCGGCCAGCGAGGAGUCAGCCCCUACUUCUGGACACACCCAGACCCCGAAGGACCCCAAGGCCAAGCCCAGCCUGGCCAACAGGGUCGGGGCGCUGGCCAACACCCUGUCUCGACAUACCAUGCGGACCUCGGCCUGGGCGCUGAAGCAGGGGCACGCCCUGGCCAUGUGGAUCCCCGGCGUGGCGCCCCUGAGCAGCCUGGCCCAGUGGGGCGCGUCGGCCGCCAUGCAGGUGGUGUCCCGGCCACGGCAGAGCGAGGGGCGUGGGGCCUGGCUGCACAGCCUGGCCCAGGAGGACAGCCACGACGAUCAGACAGACUCGGAGGGAGAGGAGACGGAGGAAGAAGAGUCAGAGACGGAGGAGAGGUUCAGCGAGGUGUCAGCGCUGCCCAGCCCGCAGGCCCUGCUGGGUGGGGCGGUCCACUCCCUGCGGCGAGGCCUCCAGAGCACCAUCUCUGCUGUGACCUGGGCGCCCGCGGCUGUGCUGGGCACCGCAGGGCGGAUACUGCACCUCACGCCGGCUCCAGCCAUCUCUUCCACGAAGAAGCGGGCCAUGUCACUGUCGGACGCCCUGAAGGGCGUGACUGACAACGUGGUGGACACGGUGGUUCACUACGUACCGCUCCCCAGGCUGUCGCUGAUGGAGCCGGAGAGCGAAUUCCAGGACAUCGACAACCCGCCCCCCGAGUCCGAGCGCCGGGGAUCGGGGGCGGAGACGCCCGCCGGCCCGCGCCCCGGCCUCCUGGCCAUGCCCCGCGAGAAGCCGGCGCGCAGGGUCAGCGACAGCUUCUUCCGGCCCAGCGUCAUGGAGCCCAUCCUGGGCCGCGCGCAGUACAACCAGCUGCGCAAGAAGAGCUGA